GCCCAAUAAUAAUUAUAUAGAAAAUUCCGCUCGAACGAACGACUAGGUUGGCUCGCUCCCGCUCGCCAAUUAUGAUGGAUUGGUAUGCUCGCCUUUUUUUGCUCUUGAGCCUACAAAAAUAGCAUAAUACUGCAUGGUUUAUGCACAUCAGACAAGGGGGGUCACUUCAGUCACCAACAAUGACAAAAGGGUCGGGGAAGAUCGACUUUUUAUUUUCUCUUGGCCCAUGGCCGGCUGGCAGCUCUCCACGGGAGGCUGGAGGUGGUCCAACUGCUACUGCAGCGGUGUGACUACGAGGCAGACCCCAGGGACACCAGCGGUGUUACUCCUCUCAUGGACGCUGCACACGGAGGCCAUGUCAAGGUGCUGCAAAGCCUCUUACAGCACAACAAGGGUUCCCUGGAGGCGGAGGACUUGCAGGGAAGGCGAGCAGUCCACCACGCAGCCCAGGCAGGAGAUAACAGUAACAGUGCCCUCUCACUGCUCCAGCGAGAGGGAGCUAGCAUUGAGGCUGUAAUCGUCAACACUGGACAGACUCCACUCCACUGUGCAGCAAGAGAGGGCCAGGCGGGGACCAUUUCUACACUGCUGUCCCUGGGAGCUGACCCAAAACUCACUGACAAGACAGGAAAGACUGCUCUAGAUGUGGCACGGCAGGCCAGGAACGGAGCGGAAGCAGUCAAGGUA